UUAUUGUUUGCUUGUCCAUCACUGGUUCAGAAUUAUUAAGAAAGUAAAUGCUGACGAACUGAAAAUCUAAAUGGCUUCCACGUCGAGACUGGAAAACAACAAGGUGUGCUGUUAUGCACACCCAGAGUCACCGUUAAUUGAAGACUAUCGAGCUGGAGAUAUGAUCUGCUCAGAAUGCGGACUAGUAGUUGGAGACCGAGUAAUUGAUGUUGGUUCUGAGUGGCGUACCUUUAGCAAUGAAAAAAGUGGUGUGGACCCUAGUCGUGUCGGCGGUCCUGAAAAUCCUCUGCUAAGUGGUGGUGACUUGUCGACCAUAAUUGGACCAGGCACAGGAUCUGCAUCCUUUGACGCUUUCGGAUCGCCUAAAUAUCAAAACAGGCGCACAAUGAGCAGCUCUGAUCGCUCCCUUAUAUCAGCAUUUAAGGAAAUUUCAUCAAUGGCUGAUCGUAUCAAUUUGCCAAAGACUAUAGUCGAUCGCGCAAACAAUCUUUUCAAACAGGUACACGAUGGUAAGAACCUAAAGGGACGAUCCAACGAUGCAAAGGCAUCUGCGUGCUUGUACAUUGCAUGCCGCCAAGAAGGAGUUCCUCGAACUUUCAAAGAGAUUUGCGCAGUUAGCAAAAUCAGUAAAAAGGAAAUCGGAAGAUGUUUCAAACUGACUCUGAAAGCCCUUGAGACAAGUGUGGAUUUAAUUACCACUGCUGACUUUAUGUGUCGCUUUUGUGCUAACCUUGAUCUACCCAAUAUGGUGCAGCGAGCUGCCACGCAUAUAGCUAAAAAGGCAGUCGAAAUGGACAUUGUGCCUGGGCGUUCGCCCAUAUCGGUGGCUGCCGCUGCUAUUUAUAUGGCAUCGCAAGCGUCCGAGCAUAAGCGCAGUCAAAAAGAAAUUGGCGAUAUAGCUGGUGUCGCUGAUGUGACUAUACGACAGUCUUAUAAGCUGAUGUACCCACAUGCAGCAAAACUCUUUCCAGAUGAUUUUAAGUUCACUACGCCGAUCGAUCAGCUACCACAAAUGUGAAAGUAUAAUAAACAAAGAAAAAUAAUCAUG